AUCUUGAUUGGAGUUGUAUUCCUACACAGAGCUAUCGGAUCUUUCAAUCAAAAUUUAUUCACCCAUAUCUUUUAUGUUUGCUUUCAUGGGAUGCAGGUGAUUAUGGAAGCCCUACUAUAGAAGAGACCCUCUGCCACAGGACUUAAUUUGCAGUACUUUGGUCUAUUCCACCGGGAUAGUGGCAACAUUAGCUUCUGUUCAUCUGAGAGGUGUAUUUUCCUUUAUCGGGUAAGAAAAAACUAAUGUCCAAAGAGCUUUACCAGACGGCUGAUACUUGUGCAGCAGAACUUUUCUGAUACUUCUUCACUGUUAUCAGUUUAAUCUCGGAAUUACUUAGUCAAAUCUCAGACAAAAAGCUAGGAUUCUACUACAAACUUUAGCAAUUAAUCUUGAACUCACAUAGUCCGACUUUGAUUGUUCCAUGGGCAAACCAAAACCAUGCUGAUCACUGUUGAACUCCAUCAACUAAAUCAUGCUGAUAAGAUACUCAACACUGCAGUCCAUAACAGACAAAACAUGGUCAACUCUUCACAUUGCUGGAUCCAAGGCAUGCCUCUUCUCUUAGGUCACUUCAGCCUACAAUUCCUAGUUUCCUACAAUUUGAUCUACGCACACUACAUACUGAUACCAGGAUCUUAGAUAUGUAUUCUCCUUGAACAACACAACAUGCAAUAGACCAGUUAUUUGUCUUUUUGAUGCUUAGAAUGGACCUAAACACAAGUAGCUCUGGGUUUCUUAUUCUCUUUAGGAUUGAUAGGUAGGCCGGCUGUAUUCCACAAAUCCCGUUCCUCAUCAAUAAGCAUGGUUUACGCAGGAAAACUCCAUCAUAUAUGCAACUGGGUCGAGCAUAAUUUCGUACUUUAAUAGUCUUAAUUACUUUUCUUAUAUAUGUUUUAUUUAUUCGGGCAUGGAUUUGGCUAAUCAUGUGGAACUUUUGUUUACUGCCAAUUCUGUACAGUCAAUGACAUGUGCAGUAUCAUAACAUAGUGUUUGAUAGUGAGUGAAUUCAGUUUAGAAGGGUUUAAGCUAAACUAGGCUCCAUUAUGGGUCUCAUUUUUUUUAUCAUUUCAGUUAAUGAUGAUGACAUGUGUUAGUGAAAAAUGCUAAUUAGUCCCUGCAUGUAAUGAUGCCUCAGUUUUCUCCUUUGUUUUUUACUAGGAACAAUUUGUGUCCAUGCCACCUUGUUUAAUGGAAUAAUGCCUAGUACACAAAUCAAAUCAUAUAUAUUUUAGAUUUGUUAUUUCCCAUCUAUAUAUAUGUAUAUAUAUUCUUAUAGGGCUUCCAUUAUCUUCAUUCAGAAAAUUAAUGAUUUGAUUUAGCAAGACAUCUUGCUCUUAAUGCUUACUCUUUUUCUUUUAUGCAUAAUAAUCAUUAGUACAAUGCAUGAAAAAUCAUCAAUACAAAUAGAAAUCACUUUUCUUUGAAUUUUUAUUUGAUUCCACCAACUUUGGACUUCAUCAUAAGACAUCACUAGCACCUCAAAAUUUUUCCACACCACGAUGCCACUUUUCUAUCCUUAUAAUAAUUAUAAAAAUAAGCUGCAAAAUUUUCAAUUUCAAUAUGUUAAGCAAUAGGUAGAUGUGCUGUAGAUCACUAUGAAGGCUUUUUGUAUGUUCAUGAAUCCAUGUGGGUUCACUUGUUCUUAUGCCCCUUUACCUAAGAUAAAUCUAACUGCUAUGGUUCUAUUACUCGAGAAUCCAGACUCAUGAAUGCUCCAAGAGACAAAGGUAUAGUUUUGGUCCUUUAUGCCAUUCCUUGCAGUCCACAGAAUGGAAGUCCGGCGAAAUUUGUGGGAUUAGAGAUCAUGCCUUCAGUGCAGUUUAUCAGAAGAUGGCCAUGGCUGUCAAGGGAGAAAACCUUGUGGUCACGAAGCUAAAGCUCGAGAGGAUGCUCAGCAUGAAAGGUGGCAAGGGGGAGACCAGCUAUCUGAAGAACUCACAAGCUCAAGCUCGCCAUGCACGAGCCAUGCUGCACUUCCUGGAAGCAACGCUGAGCGCGAUGAAGCUUCCCUUGCUGGAGGACGGUGGCACGUUUGCCGUCGCAGACCUGGGCUGCUCAUGCGGCACCAACACGCUCUUCCUCAUGGGCAUCAUCGUCGAGCACGUAUCGAAGAUGUACGCUGCGCUCGGCCACGAUUCCCCCGAGUUCCAGGUCUUCUUCUCCGACCUCCCCUGCAACGACUUCAAUGUCCUCUUCCAGCUUCUCCCGCCACAGUUGAGCAGCAGUAGCCUGGAACAGUGCCUGGCGGCCGCCGAAGAGCAGCGGUCCUACUACGCCGCUGGCGUGCCCGGCUCGUUCUACGGCCGACUUUUUCCUUCUAGAUCCAUAAACGUCUUCAACUCCACCUUCUCCUUGCAUUGGCUCUCUCAGGUGCCCGAGCGGGUGACCGAUAAGCGAUCGCCGGCAUACAACAGGGGGCGGGUCUUCGUCCAUGGCGCGUCCGCGGACACUGCCGCUGCCUACAAGCAGCAGUUCCAGGCGGAUCUCGCCAGCUUCCUGCGCGCCCGCGCCGUCGAGAUGAAGGUUGGCGGCGUAAUGUUCCUCGUUUGCCUCGGCCGGACAUCCAUCGACCCGGCCGACCAAGGCGGCGCAGGUUUCCUCUUCGGCGCUCACUUCCAAGACGCUUGGAACGACCUCGUCGAAGAGGGUCUACUGGAGAGCGAGAAGCGUGACAGCUUCAACAUCCCCGUGUACGCCGCCUGCCUCAGGGAGUUCAAGGAGGUGGUGGAGGCCGAGGGCUCGUUCUCCAUCAACAAGCUUCAGGUCGUCAAGGGAGGCAGCCCGCUGGUGGUCAACCACCCAGAGGACGCCAGCGAGGUCGGGCGAGCGCUCGCUAACAGCUGCCGGUCGGUGGCCGGCGUGCUCGUGGAGGCGCACAUCGGCGAACGUCUGAGCGAGGAGCUGUUCGGGAGGCUGGAGCUCCGGGCGGCACGCCAUGCGAGGGAGCUGAUGGAGCAGAUGCAGUUCUUCCACAUCGUCGCCUCGCUCUCUCCCUCGAUCCCAUCUCAUCCCGCGAGCUGACGCAUUCCUGAUGAGCCCGUUCAUGCGAUUCCUUCGAUUCAUGGAGUACGAGAUGACCGUAGAAGCAUUCAUGCUGUAAUCGGACAUGCUCAUCCAACUGAGCCUGUACAUUCCAAAAGACUGAAUAAGCUUAAAACAUGGGUUUGAGCAAAUGCCUGAUGAACUAAUCCACAAUGCAGCGAGAGAAUAUUUCUGGUA